AUGUCUCUUUACUACGACGCGGUCUCGGUUUUGACCGCUCCAUCAUCAACGGGGGGUUCCUUCAAAUCCCGCAUCUACAGCUCGCGGAACCUCAAAUCCUCCCCGGCGCAAAUCUACGCUCUGGUCAUCGAGGCCUCAAAAUGGGAUAUCCUUCUCAAGGAGGUCAUUGAGGCCGCAGGGAUCCUCAAGCACGAGCCCAAGCUCACUCCCUUACUUGCCCUACUGCUUGUGCACGACCACCUCCUCGCCAAGAAUGGCAUCGCAGCCAACGCAAACCAUCCGCUGCGCCAGGCGAUCGAGAGACACAAGACUAGGCUAAAUGGAGAAUUCGUCAAGGCGCGCGUGCGCCGCGGAUGUGCUUCGAUACCCGAUCUGAAGGCUGCCGUGCUACGCGAGAAACAGGCCGCGCAGGGUGCGGUCGGGACUUCUUCGACGGCGGUGUAUCCGCGCUGGGUGCGGAUCAACAAUCUUCGCACGACGAUGGAGGAGCAGCUCCAGUCUACAUUCAAGUCGUAUACCAGAGUCAAUUCGCUCGCGGAGCUAGGGGAGAAAGACGAGGCGAAGCUGUACGUUGACCCGCACGUUCCGGAUCUUGUGGCCGUCGCGCCGGGCGUGGACUUCACCUCGUCCCCUGCCUACAAGAACGGGCAGAUCAUCUUGCAGGAUAAGGCGUCGUGUUUCCCGGCAUAUCUGUUACUUGGGGAUAGCGAGGACUGGUCCGGCGAUCUGCUGGAUGGAUGCGCGGCACCUGGAAACAAGACGACACACAUGGCUUCGUUGCUUGCGAAGCAUGCCGCCGGUAGGGACGUUACCCGCCACAUCGUUUCCAUGGAUGCGUCCAAGGUGCGCUCCAAGACAUUGCAGAAAAUGGUCAGCGCCGCGGGCGCAGACAAUAUAGUCACCGUCCUCCAGGGCCAGGAUUUCCUGGCGCUCGAUCCAACCGAGGAACGCUUCGCAAACGUCACCGGCCUCCUCCUCGACCCUAGUUGCUCCGGCAGCGGGAUCGUCGGUCGCGACGACGUCCCCAAACUCGCACUGCCCGCCGCUGCAUCCACGCCGACCAGUAAAUCACAGGGAAAGAAGCGCAAACGCCGACACGACGACGAGGAGGAGACUCAGCCCGGCAACGCCGCCGCUGCGACCUCAACUUCAGCGUCCGCGACAGAUGAAAACGAAAUCGCGAGCGCAACCCUCGACCGGGAUCGUCUGACGAAACUCUCUAACCUGCAGGCGCGCAUCGUCGAACACGCGCUGAGCUUCCCCGCCGCCACCCGUGUCACGUACAGUACGUGCUCCAUUCACCUGAUCGAGAACGAGGCCGUUGUGUCUCGUGUACUCGCCUCGGACGUAGCGCGCUCUCGCGGGUGGAGAAUCAUGCGCCGCGAGGAGCAACCCCGCGGCAUGAAGGCCUGGCCGCACCGUGGUGUCAGGACAGAGAGCCGAUAUGGCGAUGUGAAGGGCGAUGGGGAAGCCACUCCAGUGGAUUUAUCAGAUGAAGAACUAGAGGCUUGUUUGCGGUGUUGGGCCGAUGAUGAGGAGGGACUUGGUGGGUUCUUCGUUGCAGGUUUUGUGCGUGAUGAGGGAAGCGUAGACUGUCCUUCUACGAAAAAGCCAGCGUCUCAGGAAACGGACGAGGAUACGGAGGCCAGCGAUGGGGAGUGGGAGGGUUUCUCUGAUUGA